AUGGGGGAUAGCAGUGAUUUUUCAUACAGAAACGUCACUUUCAAACCCAAAGUUCAUAUAAAACCAUAUGAAAUAUCCGCUGCACCCGCUGAAGUCAGUCAUUACAGUUCGAAGAAUCCUCUUUUUAAAAAGUCAACGCUGAAAAACGCCGAUGAGCCGGAUUCCAAGUCCAGAAACAAGCUCCUUCAGCGGCGCGGCACGGGAUAUCCUGGCGCUGACGGAUUCUCAGAGAAAAAUCGCCGAAAGUUCUCCGUCAUCGCAAAUCUGAAGAACUUUUCCUCUGAUUCUGAGCAAGGCGAAGAUGAAUACGCAGUCUCCCAUCCUCAUAAUUCCACGCCUAUUUAUCAAACAAAGAGCCAAAAAAGUCACAAACAGAAGCACAAAGUAAAUUUUGAUGAAACUAUCGAAGAGGUCCCACGAGCAAGACUGUCAAAGGACUCCAUCCAAUCCAUUGACUCAACAAUUUCAAUAACGGAUCAGGUUCCAAAUGGCUACGUCCCAGUAAACGAAAUUGACGAUUUGAGCCAUCGAAGAUCGCAAAAACUUACUCAAGCACCAGCUGUUGAUGAUCGUAUUCUUCAGAAAACUGCUUUGAAGAAAGGAAUGAAAGAAGUUGCCAAAAAUCCAUCAAAAGCGCCUGAAAAACAGAUUCACAAGAAAUUUUCAAAGUCCGUCGAUCAGAUUAACGCUGUUGGCAAAGAUGAUCAGUUCAAACGAAAAGCAUCCUUGUUUCCAACUGCAAUCGAGCUCCCUUCCCAGCGCGGAAAAGAUUUCUACGGAAGAAAACAAAGUGUUGCCGAAUUCACCAAAACCGUUUACAACACCCCGAAGAGUCAAAAGUUAUCAAAUGCAGAUGUGCCCAUCUCCCAGCGUCGCCUCUCUCGUGCCGUCAAGGCUAUUUUGAAGAGCGAGGAAAGCGAAACCGGCUUUGCUUUUCUUAAGUACACUGUCGAUAUCUGGCCCCAUUCCAACUUCUAUAACGUGCUUGAAUAUGCGAAUCUGACUGCCAUAAUCACCUUCGAAAACGGCAUACGCUCCGAGCUGCUGGAAUUCCCCCGCUCUGGCAAAUACUGGAGCACUUCAACAUUCAACGGACCGGAUCAUGGUGAUCCUGAGAAAAUCCAAGUCUGGCUGAAAUCGACCAACAAAGCGAGUAAAACUUGGAUGUUGGAUUGUUGCACAUUAUCUACGGAAAACUCAAAUUGGAUCUUUCCAAGUUGUCAGUGGUUUGGGAGUGACUGUACUUUUCAAGAUUUGCCCGUUGGAGUGCGAUACCAAGUUUGCAUCAGAACAGGCAACUCAAUGGGUGCAGGUACGAACAGUGAAGUGUUGAUCCAAGUCUUUGGCGACCACGGAGAACGAACAAAUUACUGGAAGCUCGGCUACUCGGAAACGAACAAGACUCCUUUCAAACGAGGCCAGGCUGAUAUUUUCACUAUUGGAGACAAAGAUAUCGGCUAUCCAACAAAGAUCAAACUACGAGUCGUGAAGCAGGACAGGUUUUUCAACGUCUCAAAGUGGCAGCUUGAUAGCGUCACUGUGUCCGUUUGCCGAUUCAAGGAGAAAAACUAUCCAGAUUGGGACAACUCUCUAAAGUUCUCUGCGAAUAAUCAGUGGUUCGAAGCUGGACAAGUCAUCGAAAUGGAAUCGGACGAACUAAAACGACAAAAACGACGCCUGAAGUGGUAA